GGCAAAGUAGCGGCUGCAGAGGGUUGUGUUGUGUCUUUGCGUGGCCCUGUUUCGCAUCUCUCUCUCUUAUUGCUUCUCUCAUCCCUAUAUUUUUCUUAGCUAAUAACUCUGUACUUUUUUUUUUGUUUCUUUACUGGAAACUUGCAUCAUCAUCACCAUCAGACUUCUCUCUUCAUCACUCUUCCGUCUUUUGAUAGAUUCUUCUCUCUCCUCCCCAUCGAAACUCUUCUCUUUCUUCCUUAAAUCUGUGUAAUUCUUCUGUCUUUAAACUUGCAAUUUAUAAACUGUCGGUGGAUUUGCUUACUUUCAAUUUUUUUGAUGUACUCUUUCCUCUGGUCAGUUUGAUUUUUUUAGGUGUGUUAGGUGAAGUUAGCCUGGAAAAAGGUAGUACAAGUGAAGACGUUUUAGAUAUGUCUGGAAACCAAGAGCCUCGGAUCAGACCACCUACUUGGAGUUGCAGUGAUGUUCCAAUCAAGAAGAGGAAGUACUUAGUGCAGCCGGCAAUGGAAGAAGCUGCUGAUACUACUACUAGUGUUGCUUUGGAUUCAUCUCAUGCUGAUCAAAAUCAGAAAUUGAUUGGUGGUUCAUCCAAGACAAAUAUUGGAGAACUAGCAUCUUCGUUACAACAAUCUGUUUCUGUUGGAAUUGCUGGUAAUGCGAAGAGCAUUGGCAACAUAAUUUUUGACCAAAGUAGAGUGAAAGUUGAGAAGUCAAAUUCUCCAAUUCGCUCCAGUCCUUUGGCAGGCUUUGAUAUCCCUUCCAACAGUUCUAACAUUCUUGGCAGUUCGCUCCAUUGUUCUCUGGGAACGCUUCCUGUUGGUGCUCUUGUUGUUACCUCAGAUCAAACUGGGAUUAAAGUAGGAAAAACUGUUCUUCAGACUCAUGACAAUGUCAGGGAGUCAGGUGACAAGGAAACUCUCAGAGGAGAGAGUCAAACAGAAUCAUCUUCUGGUGCUAAUACUGUUUCCUUACGGCUAGGAUGUAAUACUAAAAACAGUUCUCCGUGUUGGGAGAAUGAAGAGCCGACAUCACUGAAUUUGUCAUUAAGCAAGGGAGUAGUUUGUGCCCCUCAUAACACAGUUUCUAUUUCUAAUUGUACCACCAAGUCUGGCAAUCAAAGUGGUGUGAGCAGAUCAAACUGGGAUUUGAAUACUACCAUGGAUGCUUGGGAAGAUCCUCUAGAUCGCUCUAAUAGAAUUAAGACAACUGCUGCAUUCUUAAACAGUAACAGAAGCCUUCAUGUCAUAGAGAAAUCAAGUUGUCGUGAUACGACUGUUAUUGCAAAGCCGGUUUCUGAUAAACAGAAGGAAAUUGUAGAGUUUAGAUCUCCUGUGAAGACUUUAAUGAAGUUUGAUCAUCAGGUUAAUCCCACAUGUUCACUUAGUCUAGGCCUCAGUUCAUACCCUCCUCUUGAAAAAUUACCUUCUGUAUCAGCUACCACAUCAGAUUCAAGAGCUGCUUGUACAAGUUUUUCCAGACCUACAAUGACUGCUGGAAAUGUGAACUCGGUAAACCUUAGGACUGUGAAGUCAGAAUUCAUUGAAGAGAGUGUUAGGCAGGACACUAAGAGUGCUCAAGUUUUCCCAAUCGGGAUAUCUAAUAAAGGAGUGAAACAGGAGAUUGUUAGUAGUAGACUCAGUCAAGGAAAUAGUCCCUCAUCUGGCAUUUUGAAGCCAGUGGCUCCUAUAUCAGUAAAGGCUGAGCCAAAAACCUUCACCCACUCGGAAGUUUUCAAUAGGACAGAUGAAACGUUGAAUCAUCCCUAUAUACCAAUAAUGCAAUCAUGUGAGGUCCCUGAUUUACCUACAAGUUCUACGCCAUAUCAGAAGGAUAAAUAUAUACCUUGUUCUAAUAGUAUCAGCAAUGAACCAAUGUCCUUGAAUGGAAUGGCAAUAAUUCCAUGCGUUCAGAGUUAUCCUGACUGUACACUAAAUGAAAAUUCAGGCCAGAAUAGCAGUGCAGCUAAUGGUAAGUUAUGCGAAGUGCUGAAACAUGGUGUAGUUCAAACGACCAGUUCAAGUUCUGGUCAUGGAGAUCAUAACCUCAAUGCUUCAGGUGUAAAUGUUACAUCAUUGACUGAAGAGAAAUUUCUAGAUGAUUGCAAGACCUGUAUAUCUAAAGAACUCCCUCGUAAUUCUCGUGGAACUGAUGAACAUUCUGAUGAAGAAAAGAUUAUUUCAUCUGGUAAAAAGCUAGAGGAACAGUUAUACAGUUAUGGGUUUGAAUCAGAUUGUGGUCAUGAUCUAUUUAGAGUAGUAGAGAAGCAAGUUGAGAAAAGGAAUUUGUACGAUGACAGGGAGGUCCAAAGACCAGCUGCCUUUUUCAGUGAAGGUAAUGAGAUUUCACAUGCCGAGUGUGGUGGUUCUGAGACUGAACAAAGGAACAUUAAUGUUCCAUACCAUGGCGGCUUUCAAAAUUCGAGCAGUGUGGAAGAGAAAGAGAGUCAACCUGCAGUUCUUGGUAAUACAGUUGAAAUGGCAAGCACUGAAGUUCAUACUAAGAGACAUACUCCAGAACUUCAAAGUAGAGUAUUUGAUGGAUCAGGUGAAAACGAAGGUCGGAUAGUUCAGGAUGGUGAAGGAAUGUCUGGUAUGUCUACAGUGUCAGGCGGGAUUGAAAACCCUGAAAUAGUAGAUAACAGCAGUCCAGUUUCAUACAAGGCAGAAAUAUCUACUGUUGACAAUGAUCCUCCUGCAGAGUGCAGUGAUGGUAGCCAGAGUCGGAUUAUAAACUUAGCUCAGGUUUCUAGUAAAUCUCCAAAUAAGGAACUAGAUGCUUCAGGCAGCUUUGUGCCACUCCGAAUGGAAAGAGAUAGAUUUCCUAAUUUCCCGCUUGAACCGCCGAAGUAUCUUAUGAGAGGGAGUGAUGAAUCCUACAAGUUCUCGCGUGAGAGAUACCAUGGUAAAUUCAUGAGAAGCCCAAGGUUAAAUUUCAUGCCUGACAGAAGGAGAUUACCUGAUAACACAGAAAGCAAUCUGCAUGACCAGGACACAAAAAAUUUUGAGUUUGAUAAUCAUGGAAACACUCGUCGGGGUGGUGGCUUUAGGGGUAGUUUUCAGAGAGGAAGACGGUCUGCGAAUGAUGAAGUAGCACCUUAUUCUCACUCCUUUACGAGAAGAACCCCUAACUUUUCAUAUAAUAGAGGACCAACAAAUAAAGAGGAUGCAUCUGCAUUUCACGGAUUUAGUAGAGAUGGUGAAAAAUUUACAAGGGGAUUACAAUGCAACAACAACACAGAACCAAUGUUUAUGAAUCCCUUACGUCCGUAUCAAGGUCGAAAUGGUUGUUUUGCUCGAGGACAAACAAAGUUUUCAAAUAACCCCAAACGAGAAUAUCCUGGAUUUCGCUCACGGUCCCCAGUUAGAUCAAGAGAACGAUCAGAUGGUCCAUCCUCGUCUUUUAGGAACAGAUCACAGGAAGAGUUCAGUGGGCAUAAUACAGACUUUUCUCAUAGGAGAUCACCCUCAGGUUAUAAAAUGGAGAGGAUGAGCUCGCCUGACCAUUCUGGUUAUUCAAGGGAUAGGGUUGUCAGAAGACACAAUUCUCCACCUUUCUCACAUAGACCAUCAAAUGUUGGAAGGGGCCGGGGUUAUGCAAGGGGCCGAGGUUAUGCAAGGGGUCGAGGUUAUGGAAGAGAUGGCAACUCAUUUAGGAAACCAUGUGAUCGUGUUGCAUAUAGAAACCAUGGAAACUUGGAUCCUCGAGAAAGGGUCGACUACAGUGAUGAUUUCUUUGAAGGUCAGAUUCAUUCUGAACGAUUUGGUAUUGAUGUUAAUGCUGAGAGAAGACGAUUUGGUUAUAGACACGAUACUACCAGCUCUUUUAGACCAUCUUUUAACAAUGAUGGUUGUGCGCCUAGUAAUGUAGAGAAUGACCUUGAUGCUGUGAGGUUCGGACAGGACCCUCGUAUUAAAAGUGAAGAACAAGGGAGUUUUAUGGAAACUGAUAGUGAAAACAAGAACUCAGCUGAGAAUGCAUCUGAAAGAACUAAGAAUAUAGAAGAGGAGAAAACUACAAAGCAGAGUAAAAUUUGGCAAGGGGAUGAGCUCGGUGGUGAUGGUUUUUAGAAUAGAGGUUAGUACUCGAUUAGUCAAUUUACUUGAAACCUUCUCAGACCAGGAAGAUAUAAGUGAUAGUGACUCAGGUAUCAAACGGAAGUUUUGUGAUUGCCACUGCUCUGACCAGUUAGUGGUGAUUAUUUUGGACAUUCCAAUAACUGUUUCUAAGGGACACACUCUGCACUAUCGGCUUAAAGUUUCGAAAUUGGCCAUUGCUUGGCUGUGUAUAUAUAGCACUUAUGUUGUGGUAUCAUCUUAGAUUUCGUUGCCUUUCCUGCUGUGAUUCAGAUUUCGGCUUCUCCUCUGCACUUUAUUACCGUCCAUGUUGAAGUUGGAAUAUACAACCUAAGCAAGAUGGUGUAAAUACAUAUGGGAAUUUUUCAGGCUUUCUACACUCAGAAAGCCUUAGCCGGCUUAGGUAGAAUGUUACUGGUCCAAGAGAUAUGAGGGGUGGAAUGACUAGGGUGUUAGAUGAGACAAUUUCCCUUUGUUAUACAGGGGUCCAGACUUUUCACCCGUACAACUUUUCAGGCAGGAGAGACCUGCAGGUUUUGGGCUUAAACAAGUCUCUUUAUUGGCUAUGUCACAUUCUUCUUCAAAUUCAUCAUUCGUAGCUAAGAAGUCAAUCGAAUUCUGACUUAACAAACCAAAAUCACCCGAGACUUGCUCACCAGAUUCACGACCAUCAAGAACAAAUUCAUGACCACUUAAUUGACUAUUCUCCAUUGUAAUCUGCACUAACCAUUUUAAUAUUAAUAUAGAUAUAUAUUAUGUUUACCGAACAGUGGCAACGUCUACCUUAUAUGAAGUAGUUUUCUAUAAAAAUUGAUGUGGAUGAACACACGAUUGAACAUA